ACCGACUCUCUGAUAAGUUUGUUUUUUCCAUGUGGUGUGUGCUCUAUGGGGUGUGUAUGUACAUACAUAAGUUUGUUUUUUCCAUGUGGUGUGUGCUCUAUGGGGUGUGUAUGUACAUACAUAAGUACAUGAAAAUGUGAAAAUUAGGCGAAAUAAAAUUCAAACCCACUGGCUGUGUGCAUACAAACCAGGGAUAACUAUAGAUUGACUAUUGCGUGGGUCACUAUAACGCUGCAUGUUUUUGUCUCAUUUCCAGCUGUUCUGUCGGUCUUUAUCUCGGAUAAAGAAAUCUUCGCUCUGAGAGGAUCCAUGGUAACCAUCCCCGCCCACAUUCACUCCGUGAAUCAUGUCACCUCCGUAAUCUGGUACCGGAAUGGGACACAGCUGGAUCCGGAGUCGGACAGUCGAUACACGGCCACUGUCUCUGAUAAUACACUGGCAACACUGGAAAUUGACAGUUUGCGAGAUGAGGAUGUUGGUGUUUACGUUGUCGUGGUAACCAACAGUGACGACAGCAUCGCCAAUGCCUCAGUUGAAGUGAAGUAUCCAGUGCUCCCCUCGGCGAGGGUGUCUCCGUCACGACGGACAGUGGAAGUAGGGGACUCUGUGGAUGUGGUGUGUGCUACUGAUGGAACUGGACCUCUAGACACUCAGUGGACUGCUGAGAAUGGUGAUGUUGUUGCCGAUGGGAACCGGCUCACCAUAGCAACAGCGACUCUAGUCCAUUCCGGUGUGUACACCUGCACUGUCUCCAGUCCAUUCUCGGCAGCACAGGCAACCUUUGACCUCACAGUCCUCAGUGAAUGCAUUGAAGGCAAUGUGACAGGGUCAACUAAUGGCCGUCUUCAGUUGGUAGAGAUGUGUAACAGUGAUGGAGUAUGGUCUCCACUCUGUGAUAAUGAAUGGACCCAAGAAGAUGCCACUGUCGUCUGCAGAGAACUCGGCUACCAAGAGCCAAAGAGUGUGAGAUAUGAGACCAUCAACAAGACCAUGGUAAAUGCAACUCAUAUUUCCUGUAGAGGCAAUGAAACAGCUCUCAGAGACUGUGUUUCCACUGAGCCCCCAGUCAACACAGUCUGCCAGUUGGCUCUGGUAGACUGCAGUCCCGACAUCACAGUUAUAGUAGAUCCAGAGUUUGAAGACCCUAAUGAUGGUGAUACUGGUGGAGUGAGAAUACUAGCUGGUGUAUUGUCUGCUGUGCUCCUGCCGGCUGUAGCAGUUGGCAUUGUUAUUGGACUGGAAUGUCGACGUAGAGGUCAAGUCAAGAUCACUACUGCGCACAACCCAGCCUACGAUGUUGUGCAAAGGGGAGUUGCAAAGCCAACACAGCAAGGGACUUCAGAUGGAAGAACGAGUGUUUCUGCAGUCACAGACUCUCACCACAGUGUCUGCAUGCAGUCUAAUCCUCUGUACAACUUCAUCCCUUCUCAAACUCAGACAUCAGAGGAACUGGAAUAUGACUAUGUACAGUAGUCACCUAUAGUAUAGUGUGGGACAGUUUUUCUCAUGUAUAUAGCUAUUGUUCACAUGGCUCUUGGUGCUCUCAUAUAAACCUCCACUAACAGCUCUACUGUCACCCUCACUCGACGAGAAUUCAACGUCUUCAUUGGACCAAACGAUGCUGAAUGCAAUGUGACAGGGUCAACUAAUGGCCGUCUUCAGUUGGUAGAGAUGUGUAACAGUGACGGAGUAUGGUCUCCACUCUGUGAUAAUGAAUGGACCCAAGAAGAUGCCACUGUCGUCUGCAGAGAACUCGGCUACCGAGAGCCAAAGAGUGUGAGAUAUGAGACCAUCAACAAGACCAUGGUAAAUGCUACUCAUAUUUCCUGUAGAGGCAAUGAAACAGCUCUCAGAGACUGUGUUUCCACUGAGCCUCCAGUCAACGCAGUCUGCCAGUUGGCUCUGGUAGACUGCAGUCCUGACGUCACA